AUGAGUCCUUCGCUAGAGUGGGAUGCUUUAAGGGACGGGACCCGACGAGACGAGAAUACCGGUAUCAAGAGGAUGUUUACACCCGUCGAGACUUCCAUCGGCGCCUUUCUGCUACACCAAGCGACUAGCAACCUCCUCUAUCAGAAUGGCGAUAUCCUGGGACUCAGCGGCUAUCUGCGUCGACUGUUCUCUGCGCCUACGAAGGAACUGCUCGCGUUCUUCACGGGCAUGGCUGCCAGCUAUGUUCCGUUGAAGGCAUUAGCACCGCAGUUGAUCACGGAGUAUCCUGCUGUACAGACCAGUCCACAGAGUGCUCUGUUUACGCUAGCAAUUGGUGCUCUGAUAGGAUGGGGGACGAAGACAACCGCAUCGCUUCUCAUACUCGCCGUAUUCAGCAUCUUCGCCGCGCGAACCAUACCCAAACUCGUAGCCCAGGUCACAGUCGCGCCCGCAACCAAGGACGCCAAACAUCAGCCCGCAGAUACACAUACUGCUGCACGCCUUACGACGCAGUCCUUCUCAGGUCUUCUUUUCGCCCUCGGUCUUCACAUCUCGCAAAUGUCACAUCCCGAAAAGGUGGCCGCUUUCUUCUCUUUCCCCGACUUGCAACACUGGGACCCGUCACUUGCUCUCGUCAUACUCUUCGGCGUCCUACCCAACUUGAUCGAGAACCAGAUGAAAGGCUUCGUCAGCCCGCCAUCUUUCGCCGACAAGUUCUCGCUGCCUACAAAGACGUUGCAAGACGUGGAUAGAAGAUUUGUCGUCGGAGCUGCAGCUUUCGGUGUUGGCUGGGGCUUGACGGGAAUUUGUCCUGGUCCGGCGGUGCUUCGAGCUUUCUUCCAGCCGGUUUGGGGAGCGUUGUGGGUUGGUGGCUUCUGGUUGGGAGGUAAAUUGAACAUUUGA